UAUCGCCACCGCCUCUUCAGUGCCGCCUUGCGUCAAACCACAAAACUUCCCAUUGCCACCGCCAUCGUCGUGUAACCGCAAUUGCAUCGCAACCAUGGCCCAAUCCAAGGCGGCCAAGCGCAAGCGCAAGGCACAGGCGCAAGUCGAGCAUCCCAACAAAGCCACCAGGACCGCCUCUCCGUCCACCGAAAACGGCACCGGCGGCUUCGAGCCCAAGAGCCUCCAGACGGUCAUCUCGGACGAGGAGCUCGAAAUCACCAUUGACACCCUCGCGACCCUCGCCCAGUACCCCGGCCUGACCAAGUCGAAGCUGUGCAAGGACCUGAGGGUCGCCGUGUACGACUUUCGCCAGUCGUGCACUACAGGUGUCAACGCUGCUGAUGGCGCCAAUCUAACUGCCCGCGUGUCCGCCGCCCUUGCCGACGAGAAAUACCUCGAGGCCAGGAUCCUUCUCGCCGAGAUGCGCCUCCGCGGCCAGGAGCCCAAGCUCGGCGCCCUCUGCCGCUGGGUCCGCGACCUCGACGUCGUCACGCAGCCCAAGGGCGUCAGCAUCGUCGGCCCCGAGCGCUCCACCAAAGACAUGGAACUGCUGGGCGUCCUGGAUGCCGUUCUGCGUGUGACCUGUCCGGUGGACACGAGCGCCGCCAAGGCUGCGACCGACCUGUCUUCGCACAUCGCCUUCCAGACGACCUGGGAUCUGCGGCACGCCACCGCAUCGCCACACCAGGUGUACGCCUCGGUUCUCGACAAGUCGAUUCUCUCUUCUGCGCCAAAAGAGUCCUUGCGUAUUAUCGAGACGACGCCCGGCCAUCUCCGGAAGCCGCCCAACCACCACCCCGCCAUCCUCUACACCACCGAGCCAGACAGCGUUGUGCUCUCGCCCGAAUCCCAAGACAUCACCUUCCACAACCAUCCCAGCGUGCCGAACCUUGGCCUCGCCACCAAUGUCCUCUCUCCCGCCGAGUGCAAGGCCAUCAUCGCCGCUGGUGAGAGCGUCGGCUUCAUCCCCGACACGCCCAUCCGCGAGGGCGGAGAUACCAGUGUUCUUGCGCACAACUUUUACUGGAUCGUCGACACGGCCUUCCAUGACAAGCUCUGGGCUCGCAUGGCGCCCUUUGUACCCACUGCGGUCAACGGCCGACUCGCACGGGGCCUCAACCGGCGAUUCCGCGUCUACCGCUACGUCCCGGGCGCCGAAUACCGCUGCCACAUUGACGGCGCCUGGCCCCCAUCAGGCAUUCGCCCCGACGACACAUAUGUAUACGACGACUCACCGCCGGAGAAGAAGCAAAGUUCGCUCUUCACCUUUUUGCUCUACCUCAACGACGAGUUUGAGGGCGGGGAGACGACCUUUUUCAUCCCCGGCCAGCGUGAGGGAGUUCUCAAUGCGUAUCCCGUGCGACCCGUCAUGGGCGGCGUGGCCGUCUUUCCCCAUGGCGAGACCAACGGAGCGCUGCUGCAUGAGGGAACUAGUGUCAAAAAGGGCGCCAAAUACAUCAUCAGAACGGACAUUGAAUACGAUGUGGAGCCUUCGGAGGCCUAGAGCCCCCGUACCGCAUGCUGGGCCUAGAAGUCUUGACAACAUCAUGGACCAUCAUGACCGCAGAGCUGGCGCGAUUACUACCUUGAUGCAUGACGAACUGCGGCCGGACACCCGCCAAACUCCAAUCGUUGCCUUCAACGACUCGUUGCAAAACCCCCUCUUCUUGCGAUGACGCGAUCGUCUGCGUUUGACUUCAAGCCGCGUGGUGUGUGUCCAGGCAUAUGACACAAGACCCGCGUCUGUGUGUUGUGUGCCUGGACUCGAUAUCGGACCGAACGAGGCGGCCAACGCAUACAUCACGCCUUGACGGCCUGCAGCGUAAACGAGUGAGGCAGCCGCCACGGUCGGUCCGUCAACGACCACUCCCCUACGAAGCCGUCAGUUCAGUCACAUCAUGGUCCGGUCCUUCCACCAUCCGCUGCUGCUCACCUCGCUCAUCCUUGGUCAUUUGCCCCGGCAAUGCAUUCCAAGGCACGCUCUGGUGCUCCGCCAGUCCCGUCACGGUCAUCCCCUCCUCCAGCAGAGCCUGCACAAUUUCCCCGAUGCCGUGGUUAAACGUUGCGGUUUGCGUUGCCUGGAACUUGUAAACCCCCGCGUCGACGUACCCAUCCGGAUCAUCAAACAGCGUUGCCUCCCCGUCGCGCUCAAAGUACGGGUAGCCGAGCACUAGGUCGUCGGUGCGCGCCUCAUCCAGGGCCCAGAGCACGGGAUGGCCGUCGCGCAGAAACAACCGCCCUCCUGGCUUGAGGAGGCCAUGGACCACCUUCGCCCACUGCACUAUACUAGGCAGCCAGCAUAUGGCCCCUAUGCCCGUGUAGACGAGGUCAAAGGUGCACUGGGACAAGGUCGCGGGGGCAUCGUACACGGUUGCUUCGACAAAGACCAGCUUCUCGCCGCCCGUGCCGUCCGUGGCGCUCGCGAGCUUGCGCGCUUCGGAGAGCGAUACGCCCGAGAAGUCAAGCCCCGUAACGGAUGAGGCGCCCAACCGCGCGAGACUCAGGGAGUCGGUCCCAAUGUGGCACUGUAGGUGGACGCAUGGCAGGCCUGUAAUGUCGCCGAGCAGCGGGCGGUCAAACUCGACAACCCCGCUGAGAAAGGCUGGAUCGGAGAGGAAAUUUCGGACACAGUAAUCUCGAGAUGCGGCAUGCUGGACUUGUCAGCUACUACAUGCAUUCUUGGAGUGGUGGGUUUUGGGGGAGGAAGGGGGAGAUUCUCACGACGGGCGCGCGCUCAUCCCAGUUGGCACGAUUGAGCUCUUCAUAGUCCAUCGCCACAGCCGGUGGCGUGUCACAAAGAUCCAGACAGUGAAGCACGUCCGUCUCAAGAUGUAGACGUUGGCCGUCGGCGCCAACGCCGCAUCGAUAGUUAUAUAUAGGUACACUGGGAUCCUCCACAUCCCCGCUAUGCCGCAUUCAGCAGACCGAAGGUGCAGCUCCGCCGCGGGUGUUGAUAGGGCUCGAGUUGGAGGCUCAUACGGGGUGACUCAGUUUUGCGGCGGGCAACGAAAUGAAAGCAGAGGGUUGGCCGUGACGGUUCUCAGCCAGGCGCUGCAGCUCUGUCUUCCCGUUUUUUAUGUGGCCACUCAUGCAAUUAUCGUCCGCCACACGGCUUAUACGAGAC